UCUCAAACUCCCUAUAUUCUCUUACACUCCCUCAAAAUCCCCAAGAUUCAACAUACAUUAAACUCCCUCCAACAAAGAGUUUCGAUGUCCAUGACGGCAGGCUUGCCGCUUUGAGUUUUCAUCAGAAAUCAAAAAGAGGAACCGGCGGAAGAUAGCGACAGAUUCACGUUCUGUCUGGAGGGAAGCAUAAGAAACAACACAAAGGGACGUGAAUUUCUCUAUCACACGGCCAGUAGUACCAAGGAGCUGAGACACCUUACUUUUUAAACUCUAAAUUGAGAAACAGUUUUUCUACAGGUUCUUACACUGUCUGCAUCUUAGAGGCUUUCACCACAUAUACUAUCUCUCUCUCUCUCCAUCCAUAUAUAUAUAGCGAACGACAGAUGGAGAACGAUAGAGAGAAACUGAAGAAUAAAUUCAUGGCCACUUCAAGACCAACCAGCUCAAGUUCGGAUUUUGCUCGUAGACAAUGUGAAACAUAUCAAAGAACUGACAAGGGUUUUCUGGUUUCUGAAAACAAUACUUGUCAUGUUGAUGUAUCAACCACUUACAUCACCGUAGAUGGAAUGCUUAUGGUGGCAGACUCCUGUGGCUCCCUAGCAGUAAAACCUAACGCUGACAAAGGUGAACCAUAUCCAAGAACUGAUAUGGAUUCUGAAAGCAGUACUUCUCGUUAUGAUGGUUUAGCUACCGAAGAAGAAGCAAUUUCACUUUGUAAUAAUAUUCUCGCCCGAGCAGUAAUACCAAUGUCGGGCAAAGGUGAACCCGACUCCCAUGGCUCCCAAGCAGUAAUAUUAAAGGAAUUAAUACCAAAGGACUGCAAAGGUGGACCAUAUCCAAGAAGUCAUAUGGGUCUUCUGUAUUUUGAAAGUCUUGAUGAUGGUCCAACUACCAAAGAAUCAAUUUCACUUUGUAAUGAUCUGAGUGUCUCCCCAACAGUAAUACCAAUGUCUGGCAAAGGUGAAACAUGUCAAAGAACUGAUGUGUGUUCUCUGGAUUCUGAAAGCAAUACUCAUCAGGAUGAUGGUUCAACUGCCUCAGCAGCAGUUUUAGGUUGUGAUUGUAUGGAUAGCUCCACCACCUUAAUGGGUUUAGCUUGUGCAGGCUCCGGAGGCUCCCGAGAAUUAAUAUUGGGAGACUCCCAAGGCAAAGGUAGCGUUGUUGUUUUAUCUUUGCAGUGCUUGCUCAGUUUUAUCAUGAAAAAAAAGGAUCCAGCAUACAGAACGACACGUUGACCAAAGUCAACUUUAUUUUGCCACGUGUUUAACUUUUAUGAUGUGUAGAACACUGGAUUUUGUGGUUGGUGGGUCGGGUCUGGUAAUUGGGCCAGCCCGACUGAGCUUAUGUAGGGAGCCUGGUCCCUUUUUACUAUGGGAUACCUACUAUGGCCAGCCCGAAGGAGGACGUUAGAGUUGGGGCCCAUUUCUUCCCUAUCCCUAUCCCAAUGCACCUAAUGCUGCCCUGAGUCCGUGCGAUCUCUUUCGGUGUAUUUACGGUGCAAAUUUUUCUAUGGGUAUAGUAAGAUUGUUAUUUUUUAGUGACACGUGUCAAUGUGUGCCACGUCUUAACCUUUAACGACACUUCAAGCUGACAUAAUCGGUGGUCGGUUAGUUCGUACUAGCAUUAGGUUUAAUAUAUAUAUGAUUUCUGUUUUUGAGUCUAACUAUGAUUCCGUCGUCGUAGUUUUUAGUUUGAUUGCUAAACU